GCGGCCGCCAUGCGACUGUGCACACUGCCGCUGCUGGCGCUGGCCGCCUGUGGCCUGGCCGCCGGCACCAACGUCCACACGCAGAGCGCGCCCUUCAAGGUGGUCUGCUACUACGGCAGCUGGGCCGUGUACCGGCCGGGAGACGGCCGAUUCGACGUCGAGGACAUCGACCCGCUGCUGUGCACGCACGCCAUCUACACGUUCGCCGGCCUGGACGCCGCCACGCACACCAUCAAGUCGCUGGACCCGUGGAACGACCUGUACGACAACUACGGCAAGGGCGCCUACCUGCGGUUCACGGCGCUCAAGGAGCGCAACCCGCAGCUGAAGACGCUGUUGGCCAUCGGCGGCUGGAACGAAGGAUCCGAGAAGUACUCGGAGAUGACCGCCUCGCCCGAGCACCGCAAGAUCUUCGUCGCUAGCUGCGUGGAGUUCCUACGCAAGUAUGGCUUCGACGGCCUCGACCUGGACUGGGAGUACCCGGCGCAGCGCGGCGGCAAGGCGACCGACCGCGACAACUUCGGCCACCUGGUGCGCGAGCUGAGCGACGCGCUCGUGCCGCAGGACCUGCUCCUCACGGCCGCCGUCGGCCAGUCGCGAGCCACCAUCGACGGCGCCUACAACAUGCUGCAGCUGGCCGAGUACCUCGACAUCAUCAACGUGAUGGCGUACGACUACCACGGCACUUGGGACCCGUUCACUGGCCACGUGGCGCCCCUGUACGGCUCGUCGCAGGACAUCAAGCACGGCGGCGGCUACGAGGACCUCAACGUCAACUUCACCAUUCACUACUACAUGCAGGGCGGCGUGCCGGCCAGCAAGCUAGCGAUGGGCCUGCCCACCUACGGCCGCGGUUUCCUGCUCGACGACCCGACGCGGCACGGCCUGUACGCGCCGGCGCGUCAGCCGAUGCCCGCCUGCCCGUACACGCGUGACGCAGGCUUCUGCGGCUUCGCCGAGAUCUGCCAGAUGCUGGGCGAGGGCGGCUGGACCAGCGUCACGGACGCCGAGCAGCAGUCGCUCUACAUGUACAAGGGCGACGUAUGGGUCGGCUACGACGACCUGGUGUCGAUCAAGCGCAAGGUGGACCUCAUCCGUUCGCUGGGGCUGGGGGGCGGCAUGGUCUGGUCGUUGGAGACAGACGACCUGCACAACCGCUGUGGCUUGGGCACCGCGCUGCCCUUCCUGAACGCCGUGUGGACGGAGCUCAACGGCGACAUCCCCACGCCCUCGCCAGCGCCGCCCGAGCCCACCACCUCGCCGGGCCCCACGCCGGGCCCCACGCCGAGCCCCACGCCGGGCCCCACGCCGUCGCCACCGGGCCCCACGCCCACGCGCGUCUGCCAGAAGGAGGGACUGAACCCGGACCCCCAGAAUAAGUGCUCGGCCAUCUUCUACGAGUGCGAGCACGUGGGCGCCAACUGGCGCGUGACCGAGAUGGAAUGCGCCCCCGGCCUGGUGUUCGACAGCCAGCACGACGCCUGCUCGUGGCCGCAGCAGACGCCCGAGUGCCAAUAGGCGUCACGCAGCGGCGGCAAGCACCCGGGGCGGCCGAGUCCUCAACUCGACACGGCACCGCCCGGCUGGGGCGGCCGCCAGUGAAGACCAGAGUUAAGGAGUUCCGACGCAUUGUAAUGUAGACUAGAGCCGAGGAGCUUUAAACGCUUUGGUCGCUGCGUGGCAGCUGGUUGAGUGAACAGCCUUGUUGGCAGUAAUCGCGACCUGUACUCCAAUAAAGCGCCCAUCCAUGGUCGUGACAUACCUCAAGUUCGUAGGUUGGAGUGCCUGUUGUCUUACGAGAGGUCUGUUAGUGCACACUGCUGAUAUCUUGAAUAAAUAGAAUAUCACACAGACAUGGAUCAAUAUAUAAUAUAAA